ACAAUAAUAAAACUUGAUAUUACGAAAAAAUAAGAAGAUAUAGGAGAUUUGAAACUAAUAAUUUUGGACGGACGCAGUAAUUUGAAACUUACGAAUUACACAUUCUUUUUUUUUUUUUUGAGAGAGUACGAAUUACACAUUCGAUAUAGGAGAUUUAUGCUUUUUUUUUUUUUUUUUUUGCGCGUAAAACAAAUCAUAGAGAAGGAGAAAAAGAGAGAAAUCAUUUCACCUCCUCCAUUGGAUCCUAGAAAGGAGUGUUAAUUGUGGAGAGAAUGGCAUCGGCGUUGCGAUCCAGCAUCAUCCGCCACAUUAGAGUCCCGAUAACCCUACACGGGCCCCGUUUGACGGCCGUCCGAUCAUUGUCGUCGUCUCACGAUGAUCACCUCGACAAGAAGGAAGUGAUAGACCGAGUUCUCGACGUCGUCAAAAGUUUCCCCAAAGUCGAUCCCUCCAAGGUGACUCCCGAUGCUCAUUUUCAGAAGGAUCUGGGAUUGGACAGCUUGGAUACUGUGGAGAUUGUAAUGGCUCUUGAGGAAGAAUUUAAGCUGGAAAUUCCAGACAAGGAGGCUGACAAGAUCGACUCGUUUCCUCUUGCAGUCGAGUAUAUCUUUAACCAUCCAAUGACAAGCUAAGUGAUGCAGCACUCUCUGUUUAAGUGUUCAUCUCUUUGAUGCAACCAGAACGUGUGCCCACUCAUUGCUUGGCUGUGGGAUGUUGUAGAAAUUUCGACCCCAACAGCAUAUUUCUGUAAGUGGAGUUAAUAAUCAGCACUGCUAUUUUACUUGGAAUUGCUUUGCAAGUACAUUCUGUUCCUUGAGUUCUGAUUUAGUCCUUGUUUGGAUAUUUGAAGAUGGCGGAAUGAAUACUGUCUUUUGAAAAAAAAGAAAAAGACUUCAUUCCUUCGUUCUUCACGCUGACAUUUCAUCAGUAAAUUCUUGAUGUUAUUUGAAACUAUAGUGAAAGGAAUUGCUUUGUUGAA